ACACAUCCAGCCUAGCCCUUUUCGCCCGAUAUGUGGCCAUACGGCAGCCUCUUCUUGGCUUCCUCCAUGGUUCUCGUGCACGGCCUGGAGGUGUUCGGGCGGUGCCGAAAGUGGACCAGCGAGACCUUCGACUUCACCGGGCAUCAGCUGCUGCAGGGCAAGGUCUGGGUGCUCUUCUCUAGCAGCUUCUUCCACGGCAGCCACUCCCAUCUGCUGCGUGAGCUGGGGCUCUUUUGGCUCAGCUCGCCGGCGGAGAAGGAGUUGGGGUCUGUGCUCUUCGUGUCCUUGUGGCUGCUGAGCGGCGCCUUCGGGUGCUUCGUCUCCUGGCUGGCCCUGAGAAGCUUCCUACGCACCAGCCCCGACUACUCGGAGAUGCCCCGGCACCACGUGGACGCCGUGGCGGAUUUCUCCAACUCGCGGGGCUCCAGCGCCUCCGUCUACGGCGCCUGCGCCUGCGCGGCCCUCGUCGCGGGGGCGGCGCCCGCGCCGGUGCCGGCGGUCUGGACCUUGCGCCAUCUCCUGGCCGACCAGAUGAUUUCGCCGCCGGCGUUUCCCUGGGCGGUGCUGGUGCUGGCGCGGCUGCUGCCGGAGUUCGUCUCGCCUGUGAGCACGCGGCUCCGGAAAUACCCCCUCUGCUCUCUGCUGGUCUCGCUCUUGCUCGCCCUGGCCUCUGCCCAGCUGCGCUUCGGACUCUCUGUGGCCCAAGCGCUGAGCUUCUGGUUCGGGGUGAACUCCUUGCUGCGGCUGUGCCCCUCUCUGCUGGCCCUGCCUCCAGUCGCCGAGUACGCCGCCACGGACUUCACGGGGCACCUGGUGGGAGCCUGCUAUGGCGCAAUGUGCGGAAUGUGCUUCCUUAUGAUCACAGGGGGGUCCUGGCCAGGCAUCCAAUCUUGGCUGGCGCUGCUGGUUCUGUGCUUUGCCAAUCUGCCAAACGGCACCCUCUGGGAGUAGAGAAAUGGCCA